UUGGCCAAGAUCCAGUCCUGUUUUCAAUAUAAUCUCUUCGAAUCUGUAAGCCAUGAGUCUCUCCUCAUUUGUCAACCCAUUGGCAGUCGCACUCAUUCCUCCCUUUGCAACAAACACUACGGUUUUGUUCGAGGUACUCACAGAAGCGACCUUGAUCCGGCCAUUACCAGAUUGUGACCAGGAUCCUCUCAAAAACCUGACAAUCUGCAACACCUCUUUAUCGCCCUCCGAACGUGCAACUUCUCUCGUUAAGCUGCUUACCCUGGAUGAAAAGAUUGAUGCUUCAAUCUUUUACGUUCCUGCAGUUCAAAGGCUAGGAAUACCUCCAUAUACACUCUGGAACGAAGCACUCCAUGGACUUGGUACGAGCACAGGUGUAGACUUUGCAAGUAAUGGAAGCUAUUCCGUGGCAUCCAAUUUCCCGGGACCACUCCUUAUGGCUGCAGCAUUCGACGACAAUUUGAUAGAACAAGUUGCCACAGCCAUUAGUAUUGAAGCGCGUGCUUUUGGAAAUGUUGGUCGAGCUGGUUUGGAUUAUUGGGCACCGAAUGUGAAUCCAUUUCGAGAUCCCCGUUGGGGAAGAGGACAAGAAACUCCAGGAGAAGAUGCUUUUCGCGUCUCCGGAUACACAAAAGCUUUCGUCACGGGACUCGAAGGACCUUCUAGUUCCAAAUUCAAACGUGGAAUAGCGACUUGCAAACACCUGGCGGCAUACGAUCUCGAAAACUACCGUAAUGUUACAAGAUUCACUUUCGAUGCACAAGUAAGCAUCCAAGACCUUGCGGACUACUACACGCCACCCUUUCAAGCCUGUGCCCGAGACGCAAAGGCUGGCUCAAUCAUGUGCAGCUAUAACUCUGUUAAUGGCAUUCCCACGUGUCUCGAUCCCUAUCUCCUUCAGACGGUUCUGCGAGAGCACUGGGAUUGGGACGCUGCCGAUCAUUAUGUCACUACCGAUUGCUUUGCACUAGACGUUGCUUUUGAUUCUCACAACUACACAUCAACCCCCGAACAAACCGCUGCCGAUGCCUUGAAAGCUGGAACUGACACAGAUUGCGGAAUUUUCUUUUCCAGUUACUUGCCUAAGGCACUAUCCGAUGGCUUAGUCGCAGAAAAGGAUCUCGAUCGCGCACUUACACGGGUCUAUGCUGCUUUGAUAAAGCUUGGAUACUACGACCCACCGGAGACUCAACCGUAUCGCAAUAUCUCAUACCAGGAUGUGAACACACCUGCUACACAGAAUCUUGCUCGUCAAGCAGCCACAUCUGGUAUGACAUUGUUGAAAAACUUGAACAAGACCUUACCACUAUUCACUCCUAGCGCAGGAAACUCAACGCUUUCGAUAGCGUUGGUAGGUGAGUGGUCCAAUGCCACAACAGAAAUGCUAGGCGGCUAUGCGGGCGCACCUCCCUUCAUCCACAGUCCCCUUUAUGGACUCCAGCAAGUUUCAGGAAUAUCGGUGAAUGUCGUCGUCGGAGUCCUCGAUUCGGCGCCAGUCCUUGCCGCAGCCGAGUCCAGCGACAUAAUCCUUUACGUGGGCGGUAUAGACAACACCAUUGAGGCAGAAGGCUUGGAUCGGGUGAAUAUCACAUGGAACGCAACCCAAACAUCCCUCAUUACGUUGCUCGCCAAACUUGGAAAACCACUUAUCAUCGCGCAAUCAGGCGGUGGCCAGCUCGACGACACAGAUUUCUUGGCUAACCCCAACAUAUCAUCAAUUCUAUGGAUUGGAUAUCCCGGGGAAGAUGGCGGUGUCGCAUUGGCAGACGUCUUAUUCGGCAACGUUGCUCCUGCGGGCAGACUUCCCGUCACCAUGUACCCAGCAAGCUACGAAUCCGUACCUCCCACAGACAUGAGCUUGCGUCCAAACGAGCCCCUGAAUCCAGGAAGAACGUAUAAAUGGUUCGAUGGCGCUGUACUACCCUUUGGCUAUGGACUGCACUAUACGAAUUUCUCAGCAACCGCAUCUCUUACUUUCCCUUCAAGCCAAGAUACAGGGGAUAUCAUCAGACGCGCAAACAACACACCAUAUAUCGAUCAAUUCAACCUCGGAGACUUGGUCAUUAACGUGCAGAAUGUGGGAGAUGUGACUUCCGAUUAUGCAGCGCUGGCUUUCGUGAGCGGAGAAUACGGGCCGUUGCCGAGACCGAAAAGGGAGUUGGUUGCGUAUUCGAGGCUGGUUGGUAUUGAACCUAGGUGUACGAAGACGACAGGCUUGCCACUUAAGUUGGGGGCUUUGACGCGGUGGGAUGCAAGUGGGAGGAGGGUGCUGUAUCCAGGGGUGUACAGGCUCGUUGUUGAUACGGAGCCGGAGUUGGCGGUGGUGGAAUUUGAGAUUACGGGGAGUGAGGUUGUGAUUGAGCAGUUUCCAACAGCGUAAGAAAAGAGGUAGUCUUGGAGAGGCAAUUUGCGAUACUGGCAGUAGUAGG